AGAGAGAAAAAAAAAAAGUGCGCUCACCAGCCCGUGUGUGUGUGUUACCGUCAGACUGGAGCGGAAAUGUCACUGUUAAUGGGCGUGAGAUCUUGACAAAAUGGCUUGCGCAGCAGACAGCUGCAUACAGUUCACACGUCAUGCCAGCGAUGUGCUGCUCAACCUGAAUCGGCUGCGCAGCAGAGACAUUCUGACAGAUGUCACAAUCUUAGUGAACAGACAACAGUUCCGUGCACAUAAGACUGUUCUCAUGGCCUGCAGUGGGCUGUUCUACACAAUCUUUACUGACUCCCACAAGUGCAACUUGAACGCUAUCAGCCUGGACCCCAAAGUGGACCCAGAAGGUUUUGCUAUUCUGCUGGAGUUUAUGUACACGUCCCGUCUGGCUCUAAAGGAGAGCCUGAUCAUGGCCAUCAUGAACACGGCCAUCUACUUGCAGAUGGACCAUGUUGUGGAUACGUGCCACAGAUUUAUUAAAUCCAGUGACCCCUCUGCCAAGCUUCCCAGAGAUGAGUUUUUGGUGAGUCCCUUGGUUUUACCUCAGGAUGUCCACGCUUACCGGCCCCACGAUGUUGUUGAAAGUUUGCACAGCCGCUUGGCGCCAUUCAGGGACAGUCGGCCGUACGGAACAAACAUGUUCAGCGGGGUGAGCACCCCCAGCAACUACCAUCUCUACGGGCAGUUUCCAAUGCCGGGGUUCCCCUUCCCACUCUGCAAACUGACUGAUACCAAAACUGCUUUUGCGGACCUCUCGAAGAGUGGAAUCCACCACAAGCACUGUUUUCCACUUGACGGCACCAAUACCAUCAGGGCAGAAUACACCCGGGCAGCCAGCUCUGCCAACAUUAUCCACUCUUCCACCUACACCAACAGAGAGGUAGGGAGAGACGACGAGCUGAGGAAGGAAAGCCACGAGGGGGUCGGCCAGUCUAUAGGUCUCAGCACACGGAAACGGGCAUUUCCUGUGUUGACCCUUGAUCACCAGAAAGACUUGGGCAAAGAUUAUGCUCCUCGGCCGGAGGAAGACCUGAUCCAUCAGCACUAUCCGCUGGGAAUCUCCUCUGCUGGCCGCAAGAGCCUCAUGAGCAGUCCGCAGAGCCCCCUGAAAUCAGACUGUCAGCCCAACUCGCCAACAGAAUCCAGCAGCAGCAAGAACGCUGGCCUCUCCCAGGCAGCAGGAGCACAAGCUCCACAAGGGACACAGGACCCAAAAGCUCGCAACUGGAAGAAGUACAAGUUCAUUGUCCUGAAUCAGAGUGUGAAGGAAGAUGAGGCGGUGCUGCGGGAUCCCGGGCUGUGCUCGUCUCAGCGCCUUGGCCUGCAGUCCUACCUUCAUCCCGGUGACCCUGAGAGCCUCGACCUACAAAUGACAAACAAGAGCAGUGAUCACAGCGAGGAUCUGCCCGUGCCACAAGCUAGCCGACUCAACAACAUCAUUGGCAGUGUGCUCGAAGGCUCGCUGAGGAGCGGCGAUGUUCACCCACCACAUUACCUGAGCCGCUUGAACUGCUCAUCGUGUGGCUCGCAGUCGCCGCAGCACUCGGACGUCUGUCCCAACACGCCCAGGACGCGUCUGGCUGAAGACAUGGCCGAGCUGCAUUCUGAAUACUCCGACUCCAGCUGUGAAAACGGAACAUUCUUCUGCAAUGAAUGCGACUCAAAGUUUCCCGAGGACGAAGCGCUGAAACAACACAUGCUUCAAGUGCACAGCGACAAGCCAUACAAGUGCGACCGCUGCCAGGCAGCUUUCCGCUACAAGGGCAACCUGGCCAGCCACAAGACAGUGCACACGGGAGAGAAACCGUAUCGCUGUAAUAUCUGUGGUGCUCAGUUCAACCGACCAGCUAACCUCAAAACUCACACUCGCAUCCACUCGGGAGAGAAGCCAUACAAGUGUGAGACCUGUGGUGCUCGUUUUGUGCAGGUGGCUCAUCUGCGUGCCCACGUGUUGAUUCACACUGGCGAGAAGCCAUACCCAUGUGAAAUCUGUGGAACACGCUUCCGUCACCUGCAGACACUGAAGAGCCACCUGCGCAUACACACGGGGGAAAAGCCCUAUCAUUGUGAGAAAUGCAACCUGCACUUCCGCCACAAGAGUCAGCUACGGCUGCAUCUUCGACAAAAGCACGGUGCCAUCACCAACACAAAGAUCCAGUACCGCAUGGCGACGGCCGACAUGCCCACUGACUUGACAAAGGCAUGCUGAGGGGGAAUAACGAGUAGAUCUGACAAAGGCAAUCUUGACCCUGGCAUUUGAAGAUUCCCGACUUGUACAAUCAUCCGAAAAAAAAAAUAAAAUAGUGCCACACUGUGUUAUUAAAUAAAUUGGCAGCAAAUGCCAUUCUAAACGGGUUUCCACUACAUGUGAACAUAGAGCCACGUACGGCAUCUUAGUCACUUUAUUGUUUCUAUGUAGAUAUAAAAAACUAUAUCUGUUGGGAGUGUUUCUAAGCUUUGAAGGUACGAAUAUAAAGCUUUAUUUUAUUCAGAAGGAUGGAAUGUAAAUCAGUUUUUUUGAAAAUAAAGUAUUUUAUAUCAGAUCUUACUUUUCUGAAAGUAUGAAAUUUUGAUGGGUGGUACAUAUAUUUUAAGAUACUGAAAUUCGCGGCUGUAUAGAGUUGUCUAUACGUUUCUACGUAGCGGUAUGUGCGUGUUAUACCAUGUCAAGUUGCCAUUCGUGUGGAAGAGUAGGCAACGUAGUAAUUGGAUUAUUUUUUUUGACACAUAUCAGGCGAUGCUGCUGUCAGAGGAUCUGCAUGAGGUACUCGUUUAAAGUUGUUGACGUUCAGGAAGCGGACAGCUGCAUAAGUAUUGUGACGUAUUGUGUAAUUGUAUCUGUGCGUUCGCUCUCUGCUGGCAGAGCCGAUCCACAGUCUAAGUGUUAACUGCGUUUCAAAGUCCUGCUUUAAUACUGAAAAAAUAUUUUCCUUCAGAUGUAUUUGUAUCGAUGUGGUUUUUGUUUUUCAUAAGUGAAGGUUGACAGUUUUUGGUUCUUGUUGGAUCCUACAGUACAGUUGUGUAAGUGUUGAGGUUUUUGUUUGUACAUACACUGUGUAUUCACUGUGCCUUUCUCUGCAUCGGCUGGAUUCCUCUCCUUUCAGUGCGACUCUAAGGUACAAAUCUAGGACGUCACUCGUCCUGAUCCCUGUGUGCGAGUGUGUUUGUAUGUUUUUUUUUAAAACGCUUGUAAGAACCUCAAAACAUGCAAAUCAAUCAUUGUAAAUGUUCAGGAUUUGUUUAGUUUUUUUGUUGUUGUUGGGUUUUUUUUUUUUUUUUGGAUUGGGUUUUUCUUUUCCAAACUAAAUUAAUAUAAUUGUACAAUGUUCUAGAUGUAUGAAUGUAAAAUAAAGUUAUUGGAUUUCUAUGUAUUAA